CCGGAAGUCGCCUCCAUCCGGGACGACGAGCCCUGACUUUGAACGGGACCGACCCUCUCUUCCCCGUCCUCCCCUUGCUUAAUGCGCCUGCGCGAGCCUUAAGAAUCCUUGUGGACGGGAGGGUGGACAAGCGGGAGCCGCGGUCGCUGCAGCCUGAGGCGGUCUGGACCGGGCAAGAUGCAGAGCUGGGGCCGGGCCUGUUGCUUUCUCGGCCAGAGAAGUAAUUUUAGUCGGAUCCAUGGCCUACAAGUUGUUUCCUCAGUGCCUUUAAGGACUUACACUGAUCAAGUUGAUGCUGAUGUUACAGUCGUUGGAUCUGGUCCUGGGGGUUAUGUUGCUGCUAUAAAAGCUGCUCAGCUUGGCUUUAAGACUGUUUGUGUGGAGAAAAAUGAAACAUUAGGUGGAACUUGUUUGAAUGUUGGCUGUAUACCUUCCAAGGCCUUACUGAACAAUUCACACCUCUACCAUUUGGCCCAUGGCAAAGACUUUGCUAGUAGAGGAAUUGAAAUUACAGGGCUUCGAUUGAAUUUAGAGAAGAUGAUGGAGCAGAAAAGUGGCGCAGUGAAGGCUUUAACAGGUGGAAUUGCUCAUUUGUUUAAACAGAAUAAGGUGACACAUGUAUCCGGUUUUGGAAAAAUAACGGGGAAAAAUCAGGUCACGGCAACUAAAGAUGAUGGCAGCAAUCAGGUUAUUAAUACGAAGAAUAUUCUCAUUGCUACAGGCUCAGAAGUAACACCUUUCCCUGGAGUUACGAUUGAUGAGGACACAAUUGUAUCAUCUACUGGUGCAUUAUCUUUAAAACAAGUCCCUGAGAAAAUGGUGGUCAUUGGUGCAGGAGUCAUUGGUGUGGAACUGGGCUCCGUAUGGCAGCGCUUGGGGGCUGAUGUAACAGCUGUGGAGUUCCUUGGCCAUGUUGGUGGUUUGGGCAUUGAUAUGGAGAUUUCUAAGAACUUCCAACGAAUUUUACAGAAACAAGGGCUUAAAUUUAAACUCAAUACUAAAGUUACCGGUGCAACCAAGAAACCAGAUGGAAAGAUAGAUGUUUCGAUUGAAGCUGCUGCUGGAGGCAAGGCGGAAGUGAUCACUUGUGAUGUCCUUCUAGUGUGUAUCGGCCGGCGCCCUUUCACUAAGAACCUUGGCCUGGAAGAUGUGGGUAUUGAGCUAGACAACAGGGGUAGAAUCCCAAUCAACAACAGAUUCCAAACCAAAAUUCCCAAUAUCUACGCUAUUGGUGAUGUAGUGGCUGGACCGAUGCUUGCUCACAAAGCUGAAGAUGAAGGGAUUCUGUGUGUUGAAGGAAUGGCUGGAGGUGCUGUUCACAUAGACUACAACUGUGUACCCUCAGUAAUUUACACGCACCCUGAGGUCGCCUGGGUCGGCAAAUCAGAAGAACAGCUGAAAGAGGAGGGGGUAGAAUACAAGGUUGGAAAAUUCCCAUUUGCUGCAAACAGUAGAGCGAAGACUAAUGCAGACACUGAUGGCUUGGUCAAGAUACUAAGUCACAAGUCCACAGACAGGAUGCUGGGAGCUCAUAUUCUAGGCGCGGGUGCUGGAGAAAUGGUGAAUGAAGCUGCUCUUGCAAUGGAAUAUGGGGCAUCGUGUGAGGAUGUAGCUAGAGUCUGCCACGCGCAUCCAACGGUAUCUGAAGCGUUCAGGGAAGCAAACCUCGCAGCAUCGUUUGGCAAAGCUAUCAACUUUUAAAGAGAAAAGAAAUCCUACAUGUACAAAGCACAUUUUCUUAUGAAAACUGACCGACAUCUUUAUGGAACAUUGAGUCUUUUGAAUACUUCCAGGACUGAAUUAAGUGAACUUUUGUUUAAAACGUGGCAUAUUUAAACGAAUUAGGGGUUUCACCCAGCAACUGCAUAUACAACAUGCUUGUAUUGUUAGCUUGUGUGUAUUCUGCAGAGGACAACUACUGCAAAGACAUCUUAAGGUUGUGGACUGCUGAAAGGUUCCAUCUUGUAUUUGGGUGAAAUAUACUGGCUGAUACUCUCCCGUUGUUGCUCUGUCAUUGCUAAGGAACUCAGUGUCAUGCUUGCACUUUAAAAUACACCACUGUCAAACUUU